AUGUUGUUUUCCAAGUACAAAUCAAGUCGUCCCGUAGGCGGGUCAGCAACUGCUGCCUCUAUGGAUGAGGACCCCGAUUCUCAAAUUACUCAAGUUGGCAGAAAUGGCCCAAUCACGCAGUCGAUGACGCUCGUGUAUAGAAGCUUCAGGAGCAAACGUGAUGAGUUGGAUACGCUGGUCGGAGGGGUUGCUAACAAUGAGGAACAAUGGGGCCCCAACAGGUAG